AUUAUUAAAUAAAAAAUGGAGGUGAAAAAAGAGGAAGGCAGGCGAAACAACAUGUCGGGGAAAGCGAGAUCGGUUCUUCGCGGUAUAAAUACCGCCCUCGCGGAGACCCACAGCCAUCGCCUCGAGAUGGCGGUGGAGACGCUGUGGCUGAGCAAGGAGGGGUUCUCUCCGCCGGCGGCGGCGAAGGAUGCGGAUGGGAAGCAGGAGCGGUUCCGCGGGGUGCGGAAGCGGCCGUGGGGCAGGUUCGCGGCGGAGAUCCGCGACCCGUGGAAGAAGACGCGGAAGUGGCUGGGGACGUUUGACACGGCGGAGGAGGCGGCCCAGGCGUACGACGAGGCCGCGCGCAGCCUCCGGGGGCCGAAGGCCAAGACCAACUUCGGGUUCUCCGCCGCUGAGCAACGCGUGGGGCCAGGUCUCGGGCAGGUGAGACGGGGCUUCGCGCCGCCGGCGAUCGGACCAGAUCUGGUCCUCCGACCGGCGUGGGAGACCGAGGCCUCGCGCGUGCCGGAGUUCUCCGGGUACAGAUUUGAGGAGGUGAAGAUGGUCGUGAGGGGCGUGCAAGAGAGGCGGAAGAUGACGACGGCCGAGGAAGACCAGGCGGCAACGGCGACGAAGAAGAAAAAGAAACCCUUCGCCUUCGAUCUCAACUUGCCACCUCCCUGCCAUUUGAUUUAGAACGGACGGGUCAGAUCGGUCGCCCCGUUUUCUUUUUUCAAAAACAAAAAAAAAAAUCGGUAUCAUUUCCGCAUCUGUGACCGUGAGAUCAACGGUGGCCGUGUAAAGUUAAUAUAAGCAUUAAUUAAUAGCUAAUUAGCGGGCAUAAUUACGAAAUAUUAA